UGCGCAACUGCCUCGACGGCAAUCAUAUGUCAGGACAACGCGAUAGCCCCCCUGAAAUUGGGGAACAGCCCGAGCAACCACCCUUGGAGGCCCCAGGGGCAGCUGCCCCCAGUGCUGGGCCUAGCCCAGCCGAAGAAAUGGAGACCAAACCGCCUCACAGCGAGCCCAUCCCCAUCGAGAAUGAAGACGAGACCUGUGGACCCCCAGAAGUCUCCAGGCCCAACUUACAGGGCCUCAACCCGGCCUUCCAGGAAACAAGAGCCUGGGGAAGCUACAGCCCACCUCCUGAGGAAGCCAUGCCCUUCGAGGUCGAGCAGCCCAGCUUGGGAGGCUUCUGGCCUACCCAGGUGCAGCCUGGAUCCUCCAGUGAGGCCCAUGCAGGCCUGGAGGCCUUUGGCCCAGCGUUCAUGGAGCCCAGAGCCUUCGGUGGUGCCAGCCCAAGCUUGGGAGGCUACAGCCCUCCACCAGAAGAAGCUAUGCCCUUUGAGUUUGACCAAUCUGCCCAGAGAAGCUGCAGUCAACCUCUCUUGCAGGUCCCAGACCUCGCUCCAGGCGGCCCAGGUGCAGGGGUCCCUGGAGCUCCUCCCCAGGAGCCCCGAGCUCUCAGACCUGCAAAUGCUGGCGUCGGAGGGGGCUACAGCCCUCCCCCUGAGGAAGCUAUGCCAUUUGAGCUUGAUGGAGAAGCCUUUGGAGACCACAGCCCACCCCCAGGACUCCCCCAAGUUAUCCCGCAAGUCGACGACGGCGUUGCCCCCGCGGCCGUCGGGGUCCCGAGUGCGGUCCACCUCGCUCCCUCCACAAACGCGCCUCCUGUCUGGGUCCCGGGCGCCAUCGGCAGCUCAUCCCGAGAAGCUGUCAGAUCUCCUCCUAACUUCGCAGGAAACAGCCCCUCGAUGGAGAUCUCCGGACCCCCGCUCAAGAUUCACAGCGCCCCCAUUGGGGUCGACGACGCUCCCGUCAACAUGGACAGCCCCCCAAUCGCGAUUGAUGGCCCGCCCAUCGAGGUCUCCGGAGCCCCAGAUAAGAGAGAGCGAGCAGAGGGACCCCGAGUUGAGAGAGAAGCAGCCGAGAUGGAAGGAGGCUCAGCCGCCGCUGCAGAAGGAGGAAAAGUCCUCUCUCCCGAGGACGGAUCCCCUACCGCCCAGGGAGCUCCUGCCGCCCCGGCCGCUCCAGACAACGGGGCAGCCCUUGCCUCUCCAGCGAUUCCUGAUGCCGGGGCAGCCCCCGGAGCCCCAGCGGAUCCUGACGCCGGGGCAGCCCCUGGAGCCCCAGCAGAUCCUGACGCCCAAGCAGCCCCUGGAGCCCCAGCAGAUCCUGACGCCCGGGCAGCCCCUGGAGCCCCAGCGGAUCCUGACGCCGGGGCAGACGCUGGAACCCCAGCGGAUCCUGACGCCGGGGCAGCCACUGGAGCCCCAACGGAUCCUGACGCCGGGGCAGCCCCUGGAGCCCCAGCGGAUCCUGACACCGGGGCAGCCCCUGGAGCCCCAACGGAUCCUGAUGCCGGAGCAGCCGCAGGAGCCCCAGCCACGUCUGACGCCGGGGCAGCAGCUGAAGCCCAAGCCGAUCCUGAAGCCCGGGCAGCUCCUGCAGCCCGGGCAGCGCGAGCUGCCCCUGCCUCUGGGGCCAGACCCAAGCUCCAUCACCUCAGACCCCCCAGCCCGGAGAUUCAGGCUGCCGACCCGCCUACUCCGCGGCCUGCUCGACCGACUGCGUGGCGGGGCAAGCCCGAGAGUGGCUGUGUCCAGUACUACGAGGAGGGCUUGGUCAUCAGCGAAGACUCCAGCGAAGACGAGUCCGACGAGGGGACCUUCGGCUGCCUGCGCUGGUUUCAGCACCGGCGAAACCGCCCGGGUGGAAAGAAGACCCGACGCAACUUUUUCUGCAAUUUCCUCUCACAAGGCUUCGGGGGAUGCUUCGGUCGUUCUGAGACUCCCCAGCCCAAAGGCUCGCACUCUUCCAAGGUCAAGAAGGCUCCCGUGGUGGAGAAGCGCAAACAGACGCGCAAGGAAGCUCAGGAGAUUCGUGCACAGAAGCGUGCACAGAAGAAACGCAGCAAGCUCAUCGACAAGCAACUCAAGGAGGAGAAGAUGGACUACGUGUGCACGCAUCGUCUGCUGCUUCUAG